UAACUGCAUAUUAGUUAGACAACAAUUGCGCAAAUACUAAAAACGACUAAACAGACAAAUUGUAACAGAUAUCGAUUGCUAAAUACUCUAAUCGUGUACAUAUUUAAGUUCACAGAAAUCUGUUGCCGUGGCAACGUAUGAAGACCCGGAUAACAACAUGUCUCGACUUCGUGACCUACUUGAUCGCGCCGCUGUCGAUCACCGGCGUGAUAUUAAGCUUUAUUGUUCGGGCCACCUCAACGAGAAUCAUCUCUUUAAACCAUCAGACAAAAGCCAUAGUCCCUGGGAGUUCUCAUCGAGCGCAAUUCGCUUGCCAAGAUGGCGACCUCCCAUACCUUGCAUGAACCAUCCAGUACGAAGGAAAGACGAGAGAAGCGCUCAGAACCGUCAAUCAUUAACAGUGCAAUCGAUUUCAUACGAAGGAAGGCCAAAACAGCCAACAUCGAAUUCACAGAAGGAAAAAUUGAAAUCAACAGACAGUCACACAACAGAUACAGAGGCAAAUGAACGAGCAGCUGCUCGGCACUUACGGGGUAUUGAGUUAGCUCACAAGAUGAACACAAUCUCAAACUAUUUGGAGACAACGAGAAUGACGAAGGCCGAUCAAUACAGAGACUGCAGACACGUUGAUGACCACAUUGUGCAAUCAUCGAGAUCACACCAAUUUCAGGCGUUACGACGGACGAGAAAUAUGGAUGAAAUUGAGACGAGAUUUCGACGUCGAUUGUGCAGCUUGAGCAGCAAACAGCAACAGUUGAGUUACCAUCGUUUGCAGAUACACAGAAGUUGCCUUGACGACAUCACAGAAAACUGCAAAACAUUUGGCUUUUUGCUUCGAAGAAUCCAAAUUGAGUUUGAUCAUCACAUUUCGUAUCUACUUGAUCGUCUCGCAUUACGAAAUCAAAUGGAACUGAAAAGGAAACUAGAGGAGGCGUCGUUGGAGCCAUCAGUGUCGGAGGAGAUAAGGAGGGCACAGAGAGAAGUAAAACAACUGGAAGAAAGAGUGAAAGAGCUGCUGGAUAGAAAUGAAAACCUACGUGUUGAACUACAGCAACAAGGCAAGAGACCUCACCACUCUACACCAAAAAGCAGUAAUGUCUAUCACUGCCCCACUGAUCCUGCCUGCUUACAAGAGAAAGCGUCAGUUGUGAUGACACGCUUGGGGCUGCAGUCAACUGGACCACCCGAUUUAGGAGAGAAAGUAGAAGAUUUGCAUUAUGAGAUUCAUCAUCAGCUGGAAACACGUGAAGCAAUUAGACUGAAACAAAGAAAUGAGAUGGUCCCCAUUCUCGAAUGCCAGCGUUUAGAGCAAUGCAUUAGAGACACAAGUUCCAAUAUCCAGCAACUGGUGAAACGUAAUGACUUGCUACAGAAGGAAAUCAUUGAGACUGAGGCCGAACUUGAAGAUGCAGUAGAAGCUACGGAUGCAUCACAGAGAGACGUGAAAAUGCUGUGGAAGAAAGUCAACGCUUUCAGAGUCAAAAAAGUACCCAAAAAAGACCAACUUUAGCAACAAUGCUACUACAUCUACAAUGAUUCACAUAAUAAAC